AUGUUAACCGGACGAGAGAGCUUGCUUCGGUUGGUUGGAAAACGCCGACGAUCUCUUCCCAAUCGCCACCAUCUUCUCUCCGCUCCUAUUCCGAAUUCGUUGAAUCUCGAGGUCAACGACUAUGGCGGCAAUCUCAUCUCAGCAGCCGAAGAUGAUGGUCGUUUCUCGGAGAAUCCGACUUCUCCCUUUGAUUCGAGCAAAAUCUCUGAGAAUCUGAGUAUAUCCUCGAAGAAGAAACGGAAACUAACUCAGACCACUCUUCUUCAGUCAAAUUUCUUGUCAGGGUCCAAAAAAUCGGAAGUUUCCGAAACUUCUCAAUUCAGUUUUGUAGAAUUAAGCGAGCCUAGUGAUUCACUUUGCUGCAAGGUUGAUGAUGAUGACUCAUGUUCGCCAAGUAGUGAGGAGAUUUCAAAAACUGUGACUUUAGAUGAAGCUAAUGGUGGUGAAGCUAUACAGACCUUUAUAGUUGGUAGGAAGUUCAGUGAUGUUCAGGAUUUAGAAAUUGGGGGCAAAAUCUGUCUUUUGAGACACCCUGAGAACAUCAAGGAUCGCAACGCUAUAAAGGUUCUUUCUGCAGACUCUGGGUUGUCUGAAAUACUUGGGUACCUACCUAAAGAUGUUUCACAGUGCUUGUCCCCGCUGAUCGACAAGUAUGACCUUAAGUUUGAGGGAACAAUAACAUCUGUUCCGAAGAAUUCUUCUGAAGCUGUUCCGAUCAAUGUUUUUUGUCACAAGAUGACAUCUGAUGGCUGGAAGGAAUGUGAAUUCGCUGGAGAUGUUAAACCUCUUUGGGAGAAAGUUCUUCAGGUUGUUGAGCAUCAGAUGCUAUUUCCGCCUAAAACGACAAGAUACCAGUUGAACUUCAACGUAUUAGUUCAAGAGGUUCUACGAAGCUGCUCUCACCUUUUCACAGCCGAUGAAAAAUCAUUCUUGGAAUCUUUCCCCUCUCUUUCAGAGGAUAGCCAGAGACUUUUUAUCCGUCUCUACACACGAAAAGGACCUUGGUUCAGGCUAUCAAAUAUCUCAUACCCCGAGGUGUCUGAUUCUCUUCAAGCCCUGAAGGACCUAACAGUCAGCGGAUUUAUGAGUUCAGUGAAGGACGAAGAUGAACUAGAUUACCAAAAGAUGAAGGGGAUCAUAGAGUUGCUUAACGUCACUGAACUUCGUGAAAUCUUAUCUAUGAACAAGGUGUUCAGUCGCGGCUCAAGAAAGGGAGACCUUACUAAUUCACUUUGUUCUUGUUACAAUGAUGGAACGAGGAAAAAUCUAGGAGCAAUGAUACUUGAAAGAACAGGAUUAUGUGCUAAAAUAUCGAGUACAGCUGAAUCACUCAUAUGGCGUGUUGAGAGGCUUUUCUUUCUCAAUGGAGAGCAAGAUCUAUCCUCUUUUGUUCUGCUGGAUCUCGGUAUUAUCAAAUACCCAACUUACAAAUGCAUUGACUCAGAUCAUAUAUUUUCAAAUCGGACUAAACUUUUAGAAUAUGAAGAGGCCAUUGAAGUGGCUCAGUUGAUGGAUGAGUCUCUUGACAAUGAAGAUUCUCAGACAGUGUUGAAAUGCAUCAUGAUUGCUGAAACCCGCAUAUCCAGUUCUUCUUCUUCAGAAUCUCCGCUUCUAGCCGCAUUUAACUGCUUUACAGCUCCAUGGGUUUACUCAAAGGUGGUUCUUUUAGGAGUUUCCUUUUUUGAGAACCAAAAGAGGUAUAACCAAGCAGUUUAUCUACUGAGGCGGUUCCUCAGUUGUUUCAAUUGUGAUGGGAGACGAGGAUACUGGACAGUUAGGUUAUCAACAGAUUUGGAGCACAUGGGACGUCCAAAUGAGAGUCUAUCAGUAGCAGAGCAGGGACUAUUGGAUCCUUGGGUGCGUGCUGGUUCAAGAAUAGCUUUGCAAAGACGCAUUCUUCGUCUGGCAAAACCUCCAAGACGCUGGAAAACUCCCACCUUUUCAAAUCUCAUCGAAAACAAAAUCCCUGAGGUUACCAUUCAGGGGAGAUCACUGAAUUGUGAAAUUGGCAUGAAAAACAGAUUCUAUGGAGGAGACGGAGAACAAUGUGGAGUCGAGCAGCUCGCAUUGCAGUAUUACAAUGGAGAAGGAGGAGGAUGGCAAGGAAUUCAUACAGAGAGUAGCAUCUGGUUAACCAUUUUUGGGCUUCUAAUGUGGGACAUUCUGUUUUCUAAUGUCCCGGGCGUUUUCCAAACCCGAUUCCAGACUGCUCCAUUGGACUUAGAGACCGAAUCCUUCUACCUAAGCAGGAAGGAAACAAUUGAGUCACAGCUCGAGAAAGUUGCAAACGGAAUGGCUGAAGAAAUACUUAUCAUGUCAUAUGAAACACACUGUGGAACAGCCUGCAGAGGAGUGAAUUGGGAGAGGUUUUCGUUGGAGGAACUGAGAGCAGCAGUGGCUUGUGUUGGAGGUAAGUGUGUAGCAUCUCUUUGCCGGUAUUUAGCUCAAGACUAUAGGAGCUGGUGCAGUGGAAUGCCUGAUCUGCUGCUAUGGCGGUUCAAGGAGAAUGGUUAUGAAGGUGAAGCUAAGCUUGUGGAAGUAAAAUCAGAGAAGGAUAGAUUAUCAGAACAGCAACGAGCUUGGCUUCUGCUUCUCUUGGAAUCAGGCUUCAAUGUUGAGAUUUGCAAAGUAAGGCCUGCUUGUUUAAUUAAAGCUUAAUUAUAGAGAUUUAGCAUAAACACACACAAAGAAGAUUUGUUGUUAUCAUGAACUGUUUCCUUAAGAGAGGGACCACAAGAAUCGUGAUCUUAGUUGUCACUGCUUUGUUGUCGGAAAGUUACCGUCUUUUUUAUACUACGAUCAGUUUCUUUUGUUCUUGUUGUUGUGUUGUUGGAGUGAGCAAUAGAGACA